AUGGGAUCCCAAGGCGGGUUCGGCCAAUCCAAGGAGUUUCUCGACCUGAUAAAAUCCAUCGGAGAAGCUCGAUCCAAAGCCGAAGAAGAUCGAAUCGUAAUCCGCGAAAUCGAAACCCUUAAACGACGAAUCUCCGAGCCUGAUAUCCCGAAACGGAAGAUGAAAGAGUACAUUAUCCGCCUCCUCUACGUCGAGAUGCUUGGUCACGAUGCUUCGUUCGGUUACAUUCACGCCGUUAAGAUGACUCACGAUGAUAACCUUCUUUCCAAACGCACCGGUUAUCUCGCCGUUACUCUUUUUUUAAACGACGAUCAUGAUCUUAUUAUUCUCAUUGUUAACACUAUCCAGAAGGAUCUUAAGUCUGAUAACUAUCUUGUCGUUUGUGCUGCACUUAAUGCCGUUUGUAGACUUAUCAACGACGAGACUAUUCCUGCCGUUUUGCCUCUUGUUGUUGAACUGCUUUCUCACUCUAAGGAAGCUGUUAGGAAGAAAGCGGUUAUGGCACUUCAUAGCUUUCAUCGGAAAUCGCCUUCCUCUGUUUCGCAUCUUGUUUCGAAUUUUCGGAAGCGGUUGUGUGAUAAUGAUCCUGGUGUAGCGGAGCAUAGGUUGCCUAAGAGCUAUGAUUAUCACCAGAUGCCAGCGCCGUUCGUUCAGAUUAAGUUGCUGAAACUUCUUGCAUUGUUGGGGAACGGCGACAAGUCUGCUAGCGAACACAUGUAUACUGUAAUCGGCGAUAUAAUUAGGAAGGGAGAUUCGUCAAGUAACAUAGGGAAUGCUAUUCUUUACGAGUCAAUUCGCUGUGUCUCUUCCAUAUAUCCCAAUCCCAAAUUGUUAGAAGCUGCUGCAGAUGUGAUUGCCAAGUUCUUAAAGAGUGAUAGUCAUAAUCUAAAGUAUAUGGGCAUUGAUGCUCUCGGUCGGCUGAUAAAGCUAAGUCCGCUUAUUGCAGAACAACAUCAACUUGCUGUCAUUGACUGCUUAGAGGAUCCCGAUGAUACUUUGAAGCGAAAAACUUUUGAACUGCUAUACAAAAUGACCAAGUCUUCCAAUGUGGAAGUGAUUGUUGACCGUAUGAUUGAGUACAUGAUCAGCAUCAGUGACGAUCAUUACAAAACCUAUAUUGCUUCUCGAUGUGUAGAACUUGCUGAGCAAUUUGCACCAAGUAAUCAUUGGUUUAUACAGACCAUGAAUAAAGUUUUUGAGCAUGCUGGAGAUCUUGUGAACAUUAAAGUUGCACAUAAUUUAAUGCGGUUGAUUGCGGAAGGAUUUGGAGAGGAUGAUGAUGCGGCAUACAGUCAGCUGAGAUCGUCUGCUGUUGAGUCAUAUUUGCGCAUUAUUGGAGAGCCAAAGCUUCCAUCAGGGUUUCUUCAAGUUAUCUGCUGGGUUAUUGGGGAAUAUGGCACAGCUGAUGGAAAGCAUUCCGCGUCCUAUAUCGCUGGAAAGUUAUGCGAUAUGGCAGAAGCAUAUUCUAAUGAUGAAAUCGUUAAGGCAUACGCAAUAACAGCAUUGACAAAAAUUUAUGCAUUUGAAAUAGCAGCUGGGAGGAAAGUGGAUAUGCUAUCUGAGUGUCAAUCUUUGGUUGAAGAAUUAUUAGCAUCCCACUUCACUGAUUUGCAGCAACGUGCUUAUGAGUUGCAAGCCGUUAUUGGUUUGGAUGCACAAGCUGUUGAAGCAAUAUUACCGCAUGAUGCCAGUUGCGAAGAUAUUGAGGUGGAUAAUAAUCUUUCUUUCCUCAAUGGUUACAUCCAGCAGUCUAUAGAAAGUGGUGCUAUGCCCUACAUUUCAGAGAACGAGCGCUCUGGAAUGGGGAAUAUGGGCAACUUCAGAAGCCAAGAUCAGCAAGAAUCUGUACAGCAUGGUCUGAGAUUUGAGGCAUAUGAAAUUCCAAAGGCUCCCACUCCAGUUUCACUUUCAUCCGUAACUGACCUUGUUCCAGUACCUGACUCGUUGUAUGCUAGGGACACUCACCAGAUCACGUCAGUGGGAUUAGCAUCAGAUACAGGAUCAUCAGAGCUUAAACUAAGGCUUGACGGUGUUCAAAAAAAGUGGGGCAAGCCAACUUAUUCGUCCCCAGCAUCAUCCUCAAAUUCUACUUUCCAAAAUCCAGUGAAUGGGGUGACAAAGGUGGAUGUUGCAACUACUGUAAAUCCAAAAGCACGUGAUAGCUACGAUUCAAGAAAGCAACAGAAUGAAAUUAAUCCAGAAAAGCAGAAGCUUGCUGCCUCAUUGUUUGGGGGUUCUGCUAAACCUGAGAGAAGAACAUCAACUAGCAGCAAGGUUCAAAAAGCUAGUGCUGCAAGUGUACCCAAUAAAGAAUCUGCAGAGAAAACUAAUCAACCUCCUCCUCAAGAUUUGCUUGACAUGGGUGAACCAACUGUCACUGUUGCACCUCCCACCGUGGACCCAUUCAUGCAACUGGAAGGACUUCUUGAUCCAAGCAUUAGUUCUACAGUAAGUCAUAGUGAUGGUGCUGUUGCAAAUGCACCUGAUAUUAUGGGACUCUAUAGCGGGACUACUUCUAGUGAACAGAGGGGUGGUGGUGGCUAUAUCCCUGCGAGUGGGGAUAAUUUAAAUCUUCUAUCCGAGUUGUCAAAUGCUGCCUCUGUUAGAGGCACCAAGGGAGAAGCUAUAGUGCCUCCCUCAUCACAAUCUGUAAAGGGUGCAAAUGCUAAAGAUUCUUUGGAGAAGGAUGCAAAAGUCAGGCAGAUGGGUGUCACUCCCACGGGCCAGAAUCCCAAUUUGUUCAGGGACUUGCUUGGCUAA